GUAAACAUGGUGACACACAGAUGAAAGCUACGUCAAAAUGGUCUUCGAAAGCCUGGUGGUCGAUGUCCUCAACCGCUUUUUAGGGGACUACGUUGUCAACCUUGACUGCUCGCAGCUAAAGCUUGGCAUAUGGGGAGGUGAUGCUGUUCUUACGAAUCUUGAAAUAAAGGAAAAUGCCUUGAGUCAACUUGACAUUCCUUUUAAAGUGAAAGCAGGGCACAUAGGACGGCUUGAGCUGAAGAUACCAUGGAAGAACCUCUACACACAAUCAGUGGAGGCAACGCUGGAUGGUGUCUAUCUGCUUAUCGUUCCCACAGCAAGUAUAAAAUACGAUGCAGAAAAGGAGGAGAAGCAACUACAGGAAGCUCGUCAGAGGGAGUUACACCGGAUAGAGGAGACAAAGCAGAAGGCGGCUGAGCAAGAAAACCCUACGCUAGAGAAGCAGGAUACGUUUAUGGAAAAGCUUGUCACACAGGUCAUCAAAAACUUGCAGGUCAAGAUCUCUAACAUUCAUAUUCGCUAUGAAGAUGAUGUCACUAAUCCCAACUGCCCUUUGUCAUUUGGAGUGUCACUGAAAAACCUCAGUCUUCAGACAGCUGAUGAGAACUGGAGACCGAGUCUUUUGGAUGAGAAUUCCAGGCUUUUCUUCAAGUUGGUUCAACUUGACAACUUGUUUGCCUACUGGAAUGUCAACUCAGUACUCUUCUCCAAUUACACUGCAGAUGAGGCCUUGCAAUCUCUUCAGAGAAGCAUGAUAAUCCAUGACUCUCAAUCUGUCACCCAUGACUUUAUUUUUCGUCCAAUCUCAGCGGAUGCAAAACUACGGAUGAAUCCCAGGUCAGAUGUGGAUUUCUCCUCUCCUAAGGUGGACCUGAUGGUCAAUCUCAGUGAGGUGGCCAUUGAACUAAACAGACCUCAGUACAUUAGCAUCUUGGAGCUGCUGGGCUCAGUGGAUAUGAUGUCACGAAACCUGCCGUACAGGAAGUACAGACCCGUGGUCCAUGUUCACCGCAAUGCUUUCAUAUGGUGGAAGUACGUGAUCACGGGCAUCCUGGAGGUGGAUGUGAAGCCACAGCUCCACAUGUGGUCAUGGCAACACAUUCACUCGCACCGUCAGAUGUGCAGGUGUUACAGAGAGUUGUACAAGACGAAGAUCACCAGCAAGAAGCCCAGUGAGGAUCUUCUAAAGCAGCUGGAGGAAAAAGAGAAGGCCUUGGAUAUUUUCAACAUCACCCUGGCCAGACAGCAGGCUGAGGUGGAGGCAAGCAAGGCUGGGCUGCGUAUUUAUCGUCCAGGGAUGAAGAUGGAGGAAGAGGAGUCUCAGGGUUGGUUAAGCUGGAUGUGGAACUGGGGAGGAGAAACGGAUACAGAAACAAAAGAGGCCAAAUCUGGAGGCUUUGAUGAGCUGUUAACCUCCACUGAGAAGUCCAAACUCUACACUGCCAUUGGAUACAGUGAAACUGCUGCUAAUCCCAAUUUGCCAAAAAAUUUUGAGGAUAUGAAGAUCAAUUUCCACAUGGAGAGACUUUCGGUAUCCAUCAAAGACAAAAAGGACAUAAAUGAGAUAAUCAAGAUAACUGUUGGAGAGCUCAAGUCUACGCUCACACAGAGACCUGGAGCACAAGCUAUCAAACUCACAGCCCAGCUCAGUUUGUUCGAAGUCAGCGGUCUGGCCAGUAAUAGGCCUGCACCAACUGUCCUUUCAUCGAGGAAGGCAGCCACAGGAGCAGGGACCCCGUUGCUUUGCAUCCUGUUUGAGACCAAUCCAUUGGAUGAAAGUGCUAACCAGCGGCUACAUGUUGAGUCCCAACCCCUGGAGAUCAUCUACGAUGCUUUAACAGUGAACGGCAUGUCAGCGUUCUUCAUGCCUCCUGACGACCUGCAGCUGGAUGAACUCACCAAUGCAACCCUGAUGAAACUGGAGCAGUUUAAAGAUCGCACUGCCACUGGUUUAAUGUAUGUGAUCGAAACACAGAAAGUUCUGGACCUGAGGGUGAACUUAAUGGCAUCCUACGUCAUCAUUCCACAGAGUGGCUUCUACAAUGGGAACCAGAACAUCUUGCUGUUAGAUCUUGGUCAUUUCAAGAUGUCCAGUCAAAGUAAGAAGCACCUCCCACAGCUCUCGGCAUGUUCCAGCAACAUUGAAGACAUCAUGUCAAGAGCUUAUGAUAACUUUGAUGUACAGCUUAGCAGCCUGCAGUUUCUUUACAGCAAACCAGAUGGUGACUGGAAAAAAGCCCGUAAGGAAAAAAGAUCACCACUUCACAUCCUGGAGCCUGUGGAUUUGAAAGUGGUUUUCAGCAGGGCAAUGGUGGUCAAAGACUCUCGUAUGGCAAAGUAUAAGAUGUCUGGAGAACUUCCUCUGUUGUCCCUCAAAAUUUCUGAUAGCAAACUUCGAAGUGUCUUGGAGCUGGUAGAUAGUAUCCCACUGCCCGAGAGCAGGCCAGCUCCACAAAACGCUGCUACAUCCCUAAAUCCAAAGUCAAAGCAGACGUUCACCCCUCAGCUCACUCCCAGAAAACCGCUGAGCUUAGUUGACCAGCGGUCAUCUCUCAUUUUUGAGUCAUGUGAGACCAUCAGCAUCACCUCAUUGGGUUCAGAGGAAGAUUUAUUCUUCGAUGCUCCCAGCUCUCCCAUUGGAGACGACUCCUUUUUCCCUGACAACCCUAUGCCACUGCGCUAUGCAGAUGCGAGCAAGAGAAAAAGUCUCUUAAAAGAAGAGCAGAAGAACAUGACAGACUUCAUCUUGACAUUUGAGAUCAGUGAGUUUUCUGUUCAGUUGUGCCGCAUGUCUGGGAGUCAGGAGGUUACAGUGCUCCAUCUGGACAUAGAGCACUUGGGCACCGAGCUGAAGUUGCGCACAUUUGACAUGACAUCUAACACCUACCUGCGAGAGAUCUGCCUGAAGUGUCCUGAAUACAUGGAUUCUGAAGACAAUCCAGUUCAGCUGAUCACCACUCUAGACAACUCUGAAGUCGAUCUGCUCACCCUGGAAUAUGUCAAAGCUGAUAAGACUGGUCCUGAGUUCAAGUCUCUACAUAACAACACAGAGCAGCUCAUUAAGGUGACCUUCUCAUCCUUGGAUGUUCAUCUCCAUACGGAGGCUCUCCUCAACACUAUGAAUUUCCUCAGUAGCCUCCUUCCUCCAUCAGCAAAGAAGGAUGGCGGACAAGAGGAGCUCCCCACCAUUCAGGAGGAGGAUGAGGCGGAGGCUGACAAGGAGGACGAAAAGAAGGAAGAGGCCGUCCCAACCAAGAAAAAACCUUCAAAAAAGUCAAAGUUCGCAGAUGUGGUUAAUCUGCAUGUGAGAGCUGAUCUCCGCUGCUUGAAAGUGUUCAUACGAGGACAGAAAGCCAGGAUCUCAGAGAUCUGCAUUGAAGGUUUAGUUUCUGAGGUCCUUAUGAGGAAGAAGGAGAUGGAGGUUCAGGCCAACCUGAAGAGCAUUAUAAUCCUAGACUGCAACAAAGAGGCCUUUUACAAGAAAGCUGUGUCUAUUGCAGAUAGAGAAGUAUUUGACUUCCGGAUGGUAAAUUAUACAGAUGCAACAGAAGGAGACGCCUAUCUGGACAUGUCUAAGGUCGACACCUCCGUUACACUGACAGUGGGAUGCAUUCAGGUCAUCUUCCUUAACAAAUUUGUCUCCUCCAUACUGGCAUUCAUUAACAAUUUCCAGGAGGCUAAAGAGGCUCUGGCUGAGGUGACAGUCCAGGCUGCAGAAAAGGCAGCAUCAGGUGUGAAGGAGCUGGCAGAGCGGAGCAUGCGGAUUGCCCUCAACGUCCACUUCAAUGCACCCAUCAUCUUCCUCCCUCAGUCCUCCUCUUCUUCAAAUGUGAUUGUAGCUGAUCUUGGGCUACUGUCUGUCAAGAACCAUUUUGUCAAGCAGCCCUAUAAAAGUGAAGCUGCCAUCCCACCUGUUGUGGAUAUGAUGACCGUCAGACUGACUGACCUCAAGAUGUACAGAACCACUUACAUCGAUGAGGGUUUUCAGGGAGAAACUCAACUGCUGAAGCCGGUCAGCCUCGACUUGGAAAUCCACCGAAAUCUGUCGUCCAACUGGUACCACAGCAUUCCCGACAUCGAGAUCACUGCUCAUCUGAAGCCCAUGAGUCUGAUCCUCUGCCGAGAUGACAUGAUUGUGGUCUUGAGGACUCUGAGCGAGAACCUCUCGGAGAAAUCUGAUGCUCUUCCACCUCCAGCUGCUCUGCCCAGCACUGACCGCUCCUCUGACUCUGCAUCCAACAAAGAGUCCCAGGGAUCUGGAGCCACAGGACCUUCUAGCAAUAACACAGUGGUGACGGCUGCUGUUGUGGAGACCCAGAAAAAAGGCAAAGUAAAGACCACGCUCAAAUUAGACUUCAAGUUUGACUCCAUGACGCUUGUCCUGUACAGCCCUAACGAAAAUGAGAUUCAGCUGUUAGACCCGCAUCACGAGGAGCUGAAGCUGGCGGAGUUUACUCUGGGCACCAUCUCCACCUCUCUCAACAUGUUUUCUGACGGUGCCAUGAAGGCUGCAGUCCGACUUUCUGCAUGCCUCGUAGAUGACAAGAGACCAAGAAUCAAGAUGGUCACCCCAAGGAUGAUGGCCAUGCGGCCUGGGGCGGAGCAGAACAUGAUGGUGGAGGUGAACUACCGCCAGGGGCGAGAUGGCACCACAGUGGACACCCUGGUGCAGGAUGUGUACCUGUGUGCCAGCAUGGAGUUCCUGCUGACAGUGGCAGAUAUUUUUCUCAAGGCCACCCAGGAAGGUUUCGCCCAAGCUCCACAAUCCAAGAAUACUUCUGGUCCCGGGGAGAAAAAGAACAUUAACUCUUCUGUCACUUCGAAAGACUCCAGUACAACUCCAGCCGUCGUGUCAAAGACGGAGAUGAAUGUUGUGGUGCGUAACCCAGAGAUCGUGUUUGUGGCUGACCUGACACGUGCCGACGCCCCGGCCCUAGUGAUGAACACACACUGUGAGCUGCUGAUGAAAAGCGAUGCAGAGGGAUCACUGAUGACUGCUGUCAUAAAGGACUUAAAGGUUGAGGCAUGUCCCUUCUUAAGAGAAAAGAGGAAAAACAACGUGACCACCAUUUUGCAGCCGUGCCAGGUGUUUUUUCAGAGCACCCAGACUCCAACGUCCCCUCAGGCUAUGGAGGUGUCCAUCAGUGCUCUCUCACUGAAGGUAUCUCCAAUCAUCAUCAAUACAGUGAUCACCAUCCAGUCAGCACUGACCCCCCAGGCAGAGACGCCUGAGGAACUGGACAGCCCUGUUCCCUUGGACCUUUGGGAGAAACGAGGUUGGAUGGACCUCAAGCUGUGGUUCUUAGAAGAGGAGGGGGAUGAAGGCAUAAAGGCACUGACUCCAAUGAUACCACAGGGAGAAUCCCUGAAGGUAAUCAUACGAUCAAUCUGUCUGACUCUGGAGGCAGGAGUGGGACACGUUACUGUCCCCAUGCUUCUGGCCAAGUCGUCCUUUCACGGAAAUGUGAAAAACUGGUCCACACUCAUUAACUUGCACAGCGAGCUCAACCUGGAGGUUCACUAUUAUAACGAGAUGAUGGGUGUGUGGGAGCCCCUACUGGAACCCUUAGAGGAUGACACAAAAGAUGGCUUCAGACCAUGGACACUCGACCUUAAGAUGAAGAAGAAGCCAGUGACUUACGCUUUCUCAGAUGAAGUGGAUUCCAAUGUCCCGGACUACAAAACAGUGAUUUCCUUCACCAGUAAAGACCAGCUCAAUAUCACUCUCUCCAAAUGUGGACUGGCCAUGCUCAGCAACCUUGGCACAGCAUUUGCCGAGGCUGCCAAACAGACUGCAGAAUGCUUUCAAAAGGAUGAAGCACCAUUCGUAGUGAAAAACAGACUUGGCCUUCCAGUAUCUGUCCGCCACAGUGAGAGAUUUUCUCCCAUUGGCAAGCAGAGCACCAACCACACUGUGGAGCUGCAAAAUGAUGAAAACCUCAAAAUGGAUUAUUCCACCACAACUGACUCAGAUCAAUUCUCAGUCAUGACCUCCCUGAGUGGAAAAGACUACUACAUACAAGCCACACCUGUGGGCCACACCUCAGCCAGCGUGAUCCCCCUGAUCAAGGUGGGCAGAGGGAUGUACAGCGUAAUGCACAAAGACUCCGGAGUCACUCGUUUCCUGGUCUGUCAGAUUUAUUCCGUGGAGGGGAGCAAGUACAUCAAGAUCCGCUCUCCGUUUCAGAUCAUCAAUCAUUUUUCAAUUCCAUUCAAAGUUUUUGAAGGAUCUACAUGCCUGGGUAAAGCUCUUCCAACUGAGGAGUUCUGUGUGCCUCUGGACUCAUACAGGUCUGAACUGAGUCUUCAGCCAAUAAUGGAUGACAAAGACGAUGAUCUUGGUGAGCAGUUUGAGAACUCUGAAGGCUUCAGUUAUGAGGAUGUCAGCAACAAAGACCCUGAGACACGCCUCCAGCAGAGCUGCAAGCGCCUUGGGGAUCAGGGUGGUGUUAUGACAAUCAACAUUGUGCCAUUAAGGGAUGCAGUGACAUCCAAAGACACUGGGGGUGCAGGGGAGAACUUUGAUGUACCAUUUGUCCUUCACCUUUGGCCGUCUGUCCUGCUACGCAACCUGCUGCCUUACGCCAUCACCUACAAACUAAAGGACAGUGGAGCUUCAGGGCCCGAGGCCACUCUGAACCCUGGCCACGCUGCUCAACUUCACACUGCUGUCAUCAACCAGUCAAGUCUAGAUCUCCGCCUGCUAGACUACUUGGCUCAGGACUGGACCUCUGAGUACAGUCUCCAGAGUGACCAGGAAGAAAUCACCUUCAUUGUGUUCCAGUCUCUACGAGAAGAUGAGGAAGAAGAUGGAGAAAGGACAGAGAGGAAGAAGGCUGAGUUGGACAUAGCGGUGCAUGUCAAAUAUGAUUCAGGAGAGACUGUUAUUGCCAUCCACUCACCAUACUGGAUGAUGAAUAAGACUGACAGGCUGCUGCAGUAUAAGGCUGAUGAUAUACACCGCAAACACCCCCUGGACUACGACUUGCCUCUGCUCUUCUCCUUCAAACCUCGGAACUUCUCCCGAAACAACAAGGUCCGCCUCAUGAUCUCAGAAAGCGAACUAUCGGAUGAUUUCUCGCUGGACACAGUUGGCAGCCAUGGAGAUGUGAAAUGUAAAGGCAGAUACAAAGAUUAUCUGGUUGGUGUGAAAAUUGAGGCGACCAGUUUCAGUCUUACACGCAUCGUGACCUUUGUGCCAUUUUACAUGCUGGUCAACAGAACCAAGCACCACGUCUUCAUACGUGAGGAGAAGCAAGAAAACUGGACUGAGGCGAAGCCAGAACAGUCAGCCGUCCCAUUCUGGCCUGAGAACGACGCCAAGAGUCUCCAGAUCAAAGUAGAUGGUUGUCUAGCGCCUCCUCUCACCAUUGACUUCACUCGACCUGAGAACUGCCUUUUGCUGCAUCUGGACAACUCUGUGGGUGGGAUCAUUGUAGAUGUGAAUCUCUCGGAGCACUCGGCCACGAUCAGAUUUUCUGAGUACCACGAUGGCGCAGCCCCCUUUCUCAUCAUUAAUCAUACCAAAGACCAGACUCUUCUCUUUUGUCAGAGCGCCCGGACAGAACCUUCGUGGGUGGCUAACGAGCUGCUUGACCUCUCCUUCUCAAUGGAGGAGGACAGCUCUCAGAAGGAGGUGGAGCAGGAGAAGGAACAACUGGAGGCUGGGAAAGCCGUGUACUACACCUGGACUGCUCCCACCGGGUCUCGAGAGCUUUACUGGAAGUGUGGCUCUUAUGAUGGCAGGCUGAAAAGUGAGGAGGACCUGCGUGUGGACAUGAACAAUGAAGGGAAACUUUUUGUGAUUUCAUUUUAUGAAGGUCUGCAGCGGGUUGUGCUGUUCACUGAGGAUCAGCGGGUCUACAAGCUCCUCUGUGAGAAUGAGAAGGUGCAGCUGGCUGAACAGGAAAUCAUCCUGUCGCUAAAGAACAUGGGGGUGUCUUUGGUCAACAACACCACCAGCCAGGAAGUUUCCUUCAUAGGCAUCACAAGUUCUGAUGUGGUGUGGGAAUACAAGCCUAAGAAGAAGAACCGGUGGAAGACUAUGAGCACCAGCGAGACGGAGAUGUUGGAAAACCGCUUCAGAGAGUUCAUUGAAUCUGGCUCCCUUAUUGAAACCAUCGUCGAACUGGAGAACAACUUCCAGGUGUCCUUUACUCCCAGUGGUGUGGAUAUGCGAAUGCUGCAGCCAUGUGAUGCUCCUCUCAGGAGGCACUUCCUGCCUGGAGUGAAAGUGGAGUACUGCAUUUCAUCCCGACAGAGAGCCUACCGCGUCCAAAUCCACCGCAUACAGAUCCAGAAUCAGCUGCCAGGGGCCAUCUUCCCCUUCGUUUUUUACCCCGUGAAACUGCCAAAGUCAAUCACGAUGGAAUCAGAACCCAAACCUCUGACUGAUAUCAGCAUCGUCACAAGAGCAGCAGGACACUCGGACAUCUCUCGCAUCAAAUACUUCAAGGUGUUGAUUCAGGAGAUGGAUCUGAAGCUUGAUCUGGGCUUCCUGUACGCCAUCCUGGACUUGUUCACCCCUGAGCAUGCCAGCAACAUGAGUUUAAAACAGGAGGUGGAACUGUUUGAGAAGGACAUUGAAUAUAUCAAGACAGAACUGAACCACGAAUCCACUGCGGAUACGUCUCCCAUCAGCCUCUAUGAGUACUUCCACAUUUCCCCCAUCAAGCUGCAUUUGAGUUUCUCUCUGAGCACGGGAGGAGAAGAUGGCUUGAAGGAGAAGAGGGACACAGAACUCAUCCCGGUCCAGUCCCUGAACCUGCUGCUGAAGAGCAUCGGAGCGACUCUCACUGAUGUCCAGGACGUCGUCUUCAAGCUGGCCUUCUUUGAGUUGACCUUCCAGUUUUGUACCACUCAGCAACUACAGUGGGAGGUCAUCAGACAUUAUUCCAAGCAGGCUAUUAAACAGAUGUAUGUGCUUGUGCUGGGUCUGGAUGUACUUGGAAACCCCUUUGGGCUGAUUAGAGGAUUGUCAGAGGGUGUGGAAGCUUUCUUCUAUGAGCCCUAUCAGGGAGCCAUCCAGGGAUCUGAGGAGUUUGUCGAAGGAAUGGCCCUCGGUGUCAAAGCUCUGGUCGGAGGAGCUGUAGGGGGUAUAGCAGGUGCAGCCUCCAGGAUAACUGGCGCCAUGGCCAAGGGUGUCGCUGCGAUAACCAUGGAUGAGGAUUAUCAGCAGAAAAGGAGAGAAACGAUGAACAAACAGCCCAGCGGCCUGAAAGAGGGACUGGCCAGGGGUGGAAAAGGACUUGUUUCUGGAUUUGUCAGCGGAAUCACUGGAAUUGUUACCAAACCAAUCAAAGGAGCCCAGAAGGAAGGUGCGGCGGGCUUCUUUAAAGGGGUUGGCAAAGGCUUGGUUGGGGCAGUCGCUCGACCCACAGGAGGCAUUAUUGACAUGGCCAGCAGUACUUUCCAAGGGAUCAAGAGGGCAACAGAGACUUCUCAAGAUAUCGCAUCUCUGCGUCCUCCGCGCUUCAUACACGAGGACGGCGUCAUACGACCUUAUAAACAGUUGGAGGGCAUCGGGAGUCAGAUGCUCCAGAAAAUUGAAAAUGGGCGUUUUGCCAAGUACAGGUACUUCGCUCAUGCCAAGGUGAACGACUCUGACUUCUUCAUGAUAACCAAGAGGGGAAUAUUUUUUGUGACCAAGGGCACAUUUGGGCAGCUGACCUGUGAGUGGCAGUAUCUGUUUGACGAAUUCACAAAGGACCCAAUGAUCGUAGAGGACCGUCGACUUCGCAUUGAGGCCAAGGAGAGAGUGAAAUCAGUCUUCCACGCCAAAGAGUUUGGGAAGAUCAUAAACUUCAGGACUCCUGAGAUCGCCACGUGGGUUCUUGCCAAAUUAGAGGACGCCAGAGAGACUUUACCCAAAUUCUGACUCAUGACAAGUCCAACAUGUGCUCAACACACGCACAAUCUGUGUGUCAGUGCCUUUGUUCUUUCCUGCAUGUCUGUUUUGUUGCCCUCCGUGUGCGAGUAGUGAACAAACGAUGCUGCAUGUUGUAUGUUGGGUGUGAAAGACUGAACGCUCGUGUGUGUGUGCACAUUAACAAAAGUGCUAUAAAUGAACGAUUAAACAACAUUCACUGAAGAUCAGACUGCGUUCAACCAAACUUUAUCUUACCCUCUUUUAUCUGUUUGCACUCAUCGUUUUGCACAAAUACAAUAAAAUGUUGAUUUAUUUUAUGCAAAAUAACAUUAAAGUCUAGAGUUUACGAACACAUUUUAUAAUAUCGGCUUAAAUCUAAAAGGCUGGUGAUAUUGGGGGAUUCUCCUCGACUCUAGUCUGCCAGAGUUAUUCAUUCCUAUUCCUGAACAACUUUAGGCCAGUUUCAACGUCGGCGACAAUAUUUCAAGUUGUAUUUGGGUGUAGAAGUUUCACUGCAGCAGCUUGUAAAUCUGUUGAAUAACACUGAGGCCAAAAUCAACUACAAAUGUUGCAGCACAUCUGAUGUCGAACACUGUUUAAUGUAUAAAAUGGAAACAAAUUCAUAGUAGUGCAAGUAUAAAUUAAUUAUACUCAUAAUUCAGAUUGUCCUUGUUUUCAUUUCUCUGUCCAGUUUUUUUUCCUUUUUUUUUUAAUAUUUCUGAAAAAUAGACUGUUCAGUAAAUGAUUUAGAGAAGCAUGCUAUUUUUAUACUUAUGUACAUCAAGUUUCUGUAUAUUCCUCUAAUAUAACAGUUUAUCUGCAUAUAUCCAUGCUCACCUCAUUCUUUGUGAAGCAGAUUGUAAUUAUGUGACUUUUAUGUUUUUAUACCUCAUAUACAUAAUGCCAACUAUUUGAAGAAGGAAAAAAGUAUAAUCAAAGUAAACUGCUCUGUGUAGCAAUACCACCUCUGACCACACGAUGGCAGCAUGUAACUGGUUCAAUGAAGUGGAAUGACAAGACAGGACUGUUAACACAGCAGAGCUUCAUGCCUUCACGUGGUCAGAAUUAGUUUUGUUACAUAAAGUGCCUUUAAAACAAAGAAAUACAAAUUAUCUGCUGCUGUCUGCUCUAAUGAUUGUGUCAAAUGUUUGAUUUUGGUCUGCGGAAUGUCAAAGUUUAAUAUGACAAUUUUUUUUUUUUUGGGUGGUGGGUUUUUUCCAAGCCAUUUUAAAAAAUGUGCUUCAAGUGUCAGUGCCAUCUUUUUCUUUUUUUAUUUUUUUUUUUUUUUCAAUUACCCUGUAAGAAAAUCUCAGGCACACAUGGUGUUGUACAUUUUAUUACACAACUAUGUUUAAUGAAAGUGACUAUUAAUACAGUUUCUCCAUAAAUAAACAUGUAUGUGAUUUAUC